AUGCCUUAUCUCGGUGGAAUGGCGAACUUCAGGCUGGGUGUGGCUUUCGCCAGCAGCGUGGCAACGGCACUUGUGUUGCUGCAACUGUUCUCACUGUUCCAGCACCAGAGCCAGCCACUCAUUGUCGGUACACAGUCUAAGUGGGCGCACAGAGCUGCUGCAACCGAGGCGAACAACGAUGGUAUUUUCCUGCUAGGCGCAGGAAAGGCGGAUAUAACGGGGCCUGUUGUUGAGUUAGGGAUGAAUGGCUAUGCUAGCUUGGACCAGAUUGGGACUGGUCUUCGGCAGAGAAUCUACUCUCGGGCUUUCAUUGUGGCCAAUAAUAACAACCCAGAUGACACUUUCAUCUACCUUAUCCUGGAUGCUCUGACCGGGGACACUGCCGUGCGCCAUGGUGUACUUGAUGGCCUUGCUAGUCUGGGCAGCGACUAUGCUCGAUACACCGAGCAGAACGUCGCCCUUACUGGGACACAUUCUCAUUCAGGCCCCGGUGCCUGGAUGAAUUACCUUCUUCCUCAAAUCCCCACCAAAGGAUUUGAUAAACAGAGCUAUCAGGCGAUUGUUGAUGGUGUCCUCCUCUCGAUCAAGCGGGCCCAUGAAGGUCUAGCACCCGGACGUCUCAGCUUUGGGUCGAUUGACCUAGAAGAUGCCAAUAUCAAUAGAAGCCCCUACGCUUAUGACGCCAACCCUGCAGAAGAGAAAGCUCGGUACUCGGCGAAUGUGGACAAGACGCUGACUUUGUUGAGGUUUGAUCGGGAGUCCGACAACAAGACCACUGCCAUACUGACCUUCUUUCCCGUACAUGGUACAUCUUUGUACAAUAAUAAUACCCUGAUCACCGGAGACAACAAGGGUGUGGCCGCGUGGCUUUUUGAGCGCAGUGUCCAAGGCGACCAAAAAUUCUCCGAUGACUUCGUCGCAGGCUUUUCUCAGUCAAAUGUUGGCGAUACAAGCCCGAAUGUGUUAGGAGCUUGGUGUGAGGAUGGCUCUGAACAACAAUGCCGAUACGAAGAUAGCACAUGUGGCGGGAAGACGGAGGAUUGCCACGGUCGUGGACCUUAUUUCCGCGAGAAGGAUAACGGCGCAAAGAGCUGCUUCGAGAUUGGACGGCGACAAUACGCGGCUGCGAAAGAACUUUACGCCAAUUUGGAUUCAAAUCCUGUUCGAAUUCUUUCAGGCGCCGAUGUCCGCUCAUUCCACACCUACCAGGACCUCUCAAACUACACUUUUACGUCGCCGUUCAAUGGUAGUACUCUAAAGACGUGUCCUGCCGCAUUGGGAUUCUCGUUUGCAGCCGGCACCACGGACGGACCAGGAUUUUUCGACUUUACCCAGAAUGGCACGGGACCAGCCGACUCCAACCCUCUAUGGUACGUUGCUCGUGCUUUCUUGCACCAGCCGUCAAAAGAGCAGCAGGCGUGUCAAGCGCCGAAGCAGGUUCUUCUCGAUGUGGGACCAAUCACACAGCCGUACGCCUGGACACCUAAUAUUGUGGACAUUCAGGUCCUGAGAGUGGGUCAACUAUUCAUUGUAAUCUCGACAAGCGAAGCCACCACCAUGUCUGGGAGACGCUGGAAAGAAGCGAUUGGCAGCUCUGCAAAAGAGGUUCUUGGAGUGGCAGACCCUCUGGUAGUCCUAGGUGCGCCGUCCAAUAGCUAUGCUCAUUACGUCGCCACGGAGGAGGAAUACGGAGUGCAGCGCUAUGAAGGGGCCUCAACUCUGUACGGCCCCAAUACACUUGCAGCAUACAUCAACCUAACCCUUACGUAUCUGCCGUACCUGGGCAAGUCAGCGCAGACGGGCAGUCUACCGUCGCUAUCCUCCGGGAAGAUACCGCCCGUCAAUACCAACAACUCACUAAGCUUUAUUCCCUCCGUUAUAUAUGACGGAUCGCCAAUCAGCAAAGCAUUCGGUGAUGUUGUAUCCUCGUCGGCAAAUGUCACUUACGGGCCUGGUGACAUGGUAAAUGUCACAUUCGUGGGGGCAAACCCUCGCAAUAACCUACGACAAGAGUCGACCUUUGCGGCUGUGGAGAGGUACAACUCAGCUACCGGGUCCUGGGAUGUUGUGCGAACUGACAGCGACUGGAACCUUCUGUAUAACUGGGAGAGAACGAGUACGAUAUUGGGGUAUAGCGAGGUCACUCUCCAAUGGCAGAUCGAGGACGAGUAUUAUGACACGGGGAAUCCCAAUCCCAUUCAGAGUGGAACAUAUCGUCUCCACUAUUACGGCGACUCAAGAAGUGUGCAAGGUAAGAUAUCCUCCUUUGAGGGGAUUAGCGAAGCGUUUACGGUUACAGUCAGCUGA